AUGGCACCAUUCGAGAACAUACCAGUCGAAGUCGAGCAGUCAAUCGCUGAUACAAAGGUCCGAUACCAGCGGAUUGGAGGUUUAGUUGUCUCUAACCCUAUAAUGGGUUGUAUGGGGAUUGGAAAUUCCAACUGGUGGGAUUGGGUGCUUGAUGAGGAGCAAUGGGACACUGCCAACGUCUACUCAAAUGGCCGCUCCGAAGAACUUCUCGGCUUCGCCUUGCGCAAAUACCAAAUUCCGCGAAGAAAAGUUGUCAUUAUGACUAAGGUAGGCCGCAUAAUGGCUGACGAAGGAAAUGAGAAUGAUGUCCUGGCGUUCAUGACCCCGGUGGCUGCGCGAAGUAAAGAUUAUGUGAAUCAGUAUGGCCUUUCAAGGAAGUCUAUCUUCCUUCAAGUAAAUGAGUCUCUCCGCCGCCUUCAAACGGACUACAUCGAUGUACUGCAGAUCCACCGUUUCGACAAGGAUGUUCCACCGGAGGAGACUAUGCGUGCCCUGCAUGAUCUCGUCGUAAUGGGCAAAGUCCACUAUAUUGGUGCUAGUUCGAUGUGGGCACAUGAGCUGGCCACCCUACAAUUCAUCGCCGAACGAAAUGGCCUAACGAAGAUCACCUGUAUGCAAAACCAUUAUAACCUAUUAUAUCGGGAGGAGGAGAGAGAAAUGAACAAGUUUUGUCGGAAUAAUGGCAUUGGAAUUUUACCGGUUCGUGGUCUUAGCAGCUUCCUCCUGUCUGCCUUUUCUAUAAAGCAGUUAUGCAGAUACAAGCAUACUAACUCAGUCUACCUUUCUUACAAGUGGGCCCCUUUGGCAUCCGGUCAUCUCGCCUGCCCCUACGAGCAGUUUGGCAAAUCUCCCCGGACAGCCGAUGAUCUCAAAAAUCCUCGUUUCAGCUACGGACAAACCUCUGCAGACCGCGAAAUAAUUGAUAGAGUGGCCGUUGUAGCCUUCCGUCGGGGAUGGAAUAUGACUGAUGUGGCUCUUGCAUGGCUUAACCAACGAGUCACUGCUCCUGUAAUUGGCUUUACUAGCGUGAAGCGCAUCGAAGAAGCGCUACAAGCCAGAGGAAAGAUUUUGACGGAACAAGAGGAGGCAUAUUUGGAGGAACCUUACAUGGCGAAGGCGGUCGAAGGGCAUGUUUAA